CGCCCGGCGGCGCCGCGCUGCCUCCCUCCUUCCCUCUCGCCGGCAGCUGAGGUAUGAAGCGUCCAUUAAGUCCUGACCACAUCUUUGAAGAUGGGAUUAUGAAUCAACCAGCUGUUCUACGGGGCUUUGAAGAAAAAGGACUGAGGAAUGACAGACAGGACUAUCAAUUAAGCAAAGAAAAAAAGAAGAUACUGUUUUCCUUCUGCGAAGUGUGCAAUAUACAGCUGAACUCUGCAGCACAAGCUCAAGUUCAUUACAAUGGGAAGUCUCACCUGAAAAGAGUGAAGCAGCUAAAUAAUGGAAAACUCCCUACUAGUACAGCUCCUGGCACUUUGUUUGCAAGUACAAGCACAGGCACUACUACACUUCCCACCCUUGUGCGCACACCUACCUUGAUGAUGCAGCCUUCCCUGGAUAUCAAACCCUUUAUGUCCUUCCCUGUGGACAGCAGCUCUGCUGUUGGAUUCUUCCCAAAUUUUAACACAAUGGAUCCUGUGCAAAAAGCAGUCAUCAACCAUACAUUUGGAGUGUCCAUUCCCCCAAAGAAGAAACAAGUCAUUUCCUGUAAUGUCUGCCAGCUUCGCUUUAACUCUGAUAGCCAGGCCGAGGCCCACUACAAAGGAAGUAAACAUGCCAAGAAGGUCAAAGCACUAGAGGCAACGAAAAAUAAACCCAAAGUUGGUUCUUCCAAGGACAGCGCAAAGGCUAACACAAGCUGCUCCACCACGCCAGUCACAGCCAACAUCUCUGACAAAUCAGAAGAUAAAGGGAAAGCAAAACCCAAUAGUGCAACUCAGCAGUCCAGUACAGAAGUGGGUCCUUUUCUUCCCAAACCUGGAGUGGCAGCAGUGGCACCUGUAACACCUGCCUCCUCCUCCAAGAGCACGAAUGGAGCUCCUAACACAGUUUCUGAGUCAGAAGAGGAAAAAGCCAAAAAACUACUAUACUGUUCAUUAUGCAAAGUGGCUGUGAAUUCCCUGUCACAACUAGAAGCCCACAAUACAGGCUCCAAGCACAAGACCAUGGUCGAGGCUCGGAACGGUGCUGGUCCCAUCAAGUCUUACCCUAGACCUGGAUCCCGGCUGAAGGUGCAGAACGGCAGUAAAGGCUCAGGACUGCAGAACAAGACGUUUCAUUGUGAAAUCUGUGAUGUCCAUGUUAAUUCAGAAAUUCAGCUUAAACAGCACAUUUCCAGCCGAAGGCAUAAGGACAGAGUUGCAGGAAAGCCUAUGAAACCUAAAUAUAGUCCUUACAACAAGCUGCAGCGCAGCCCAAGUAUUUUAGCAGCAAAACUUGCAUUCCAGAAGGACAUGAUUAAGCCGCUGGCACCUGCUUUCCUUUCAUCUCCUCUUGCUGCGGCUGCAGCUGUAUCGUCAGCUCUGUCCCUUCCUCCCCGUCCCUCUGCCUCCUUGUUCCAGGCGCCGGCAAUACCACCAGCUCUCCUCAGGCCAGGCCAUGGUCCCAUCCGGGCAACACCUGCCUCCAUACUUUUUGCACCAUACUAAUUUAUUGAUGUAAAAAAGAGAUAACUGUGGCCAGUAGAAAGGGUAAAAGAAAAGCAGGAAAGGAGUCAAGAUUUUAAAAUGUCUUUCUCUUUUGAAAUGCCAUCCAGUGUGACACCUCAACCAACCACACCAUAAAAUUCAUCAUUCACGGUACUGCAUUUUGGAGUCUAGACAACUCUCUCAGUCUCUCUCUGUCUCUCUUUUUAAAAUCCAUAUAGAGUGAUUUACUAAAAACUUAAUUGCUCAUAA